UACAAAGGGUGAAAAAUAAGAAAAAUACCGAGCAUGGGAGAGAACUAAAAGGAGGGAACGCCGUCGUUGGGGGUGCUUCUACUGCUAGCCUACCCUUAUUCGCACAUACCUCACAAAUAAAUGCACAACGCAUUUCGCAUUUCACAGCUACACCUUGUUUGUUCCGCUCGAAACGCAAUCUUUGUCCCCGUGCGGUGCCCUUGCCGAUUCUUCCAUUUUCAAGUUACUCUUAACCUCCUUUUGCUUCUAGUUUUCACUCUCAAUUUUUUUUUUUUUUUUUUUUUGCGUUUUCGGUUUCCGAAGCAGGUUUUAGGUCGGUUGGGGUUUUUGGUUUUCGAAUCCAAUCUCAACUCGUUAACGUUAAGAAUAAUUCAGGUCAGCAUGGGAUUUGACAAUGAGUGCAUAGUGAACAUUCAGUCACUUGCUGGAGAGUACUUCUGUCCAGUUUGUCGGCUGCUCGUAUUUCCAAAUGAAGCUUUGCAGUCACAAUGUACUCAUUUAUAUUGCAAGCCGUGUUUGACCUACGUUGUGAGCACUACAAGGGCUUGCCCAUAUGAUGGCUACUUGGUCACUGAGGCAGAUUCCAAGCCUCUGACAGAGUCAAAUAAGGCACUUGCUGAAACUAUUGGAAAAAUCGCAGUUCAUUGCCUUUAUCAUAGGAGCGGAUGCACAUGGCAAGGAACUUUGUCUGAGUGCACAUCUCAUUGUUCUGUAUGUGCUUUUGGCAAUUCUCCUGUUGUUUGCAACAGGUGUGGGAUCCAAAUAGUGCAUUGCCAAGUACAAGAACAUGCACAAAAUUGCCCUGGUGUGCCAGGUCAAGUAGCCAUUACCCAAGAUCCUUCAGCUACUAGUGCUGUCUCUUCUACAGAUCAGAAUCAGAAUGCUGCUCCAGUUGCAGCAACGGCAUCUCAAACUGCUGUCACAACUACUAUACCCGGGCAGGUUUCAAAUCAGCCACCCAACCCAGCUUCCCAAACCCAAGCUCCAGUCCAAACUGCUGGGCAGCCAACUGCAGAGCAAUGGUAUCAGCAGCAACAAUAUCAACAAUACUACCAGCAAUACCCUGGACAAGAUCCAUACCAACAGCAGUAUCAACAUUACUACCCCUAUCAACAGUCUGUGGUUCCACAGUACCAGCAGGCCUAUGGUCAGCCCCAACCUCAGUCUCAAUCACAGCCCCAGGGCCAGCUUCAACCUCAGUCCCAGCCACAGCCUCAACUUCAACCACAACCUCAGGCACAAGGACUGUCUCAUCCACCUACACAUAUUCAGGCUCCUGUGGUCCCACCAUCUCAGAAUCAGAUGCAAGUUCAACAACCACCACAGCAACUUCAACCUGCUGUGCAGCCACAAGGUCAGAUGAGUCAUGCACCAGGCCAUGGUCAAGCCAUCCCCCAGUCUCAGACUCAGCCUUAUCCUUACCCCCAAGUUCAGCCACAUUCUGUCCAACCUCAACCCCAACAACCGAUGCAAAUGCUUCCUUAUCAGCAGCCUCAUCCUCAAAUGCAGCAUUCACAACCACAAAUUCAACAACCGGUUCAGAAGUAUCCUGUUCCUCAAUCUCAAGUUCAUGCACAACUGCAACCUAAUGCUCCAAUUCAACAUCACUCUCAGCUCCCCGUGCCUCCUCACCAGCCUGUGACUCCUAAUGUCCAGACUCCAGUGCAAAAUGCAAUGUCGCAUUCAGUGACAGGGCAUCACUCUUAUCCCCAACCUCUGCCUCACCCAAAUAUGCAACCCGGAGUCCCUCAACAUACUAUGCACAUGCAUCCUCAAAGUGGGCAUCAACCCCAGGCCCAACAUCCUGUCCAGAUGCAGAAUCAGUUUCCUCCACAAAUUCCAACAGCACGUCCUAAUCAAUCUCAUGCUAUGUUUCCUAACCAGCAACAGCCAGCUUUGUUGCCUUCUUCAGUUCAGGGCCAAACUACCCCUCCUUUGCAACAACAGUCACUAUAUACCCAUAAUCAACAACCUGGGCAAAUCAACCAACGUCCUACUUUGCCACCUGUUCAACAAAUACCUCAGCAGCCGUUUGCACAACACCAAAUGCCUAUGCCAUCUCAUUUACAACCACAAGGUCCAGCACAUUCAUUUCCAAAGCAUGCAUAUCCACAGGCACAGGGAAAUACUGCAGGAAGGCCUUUAGUUCCCAAUUAUGCCGGACACCUACAGCCAUUUGCACAAUCUGCCAAUACCAUUCCAGUUAGACCUGGGCAAAAUGGUGCUGGCUACCUGCCUGAAAAUCAGAAAUUGUUGGUUGGGGCCAAUAAUCAAGUACAGUUGCCUUCUGAAUUGCAGUCUAGGGCACCAGAAUCAAUUGAAAGACAAGGUAAUGUUGUUGAGCAACAAACUGACUCUGCCUCUGGGAAACUUGGUAAAGUUUUUAAAGAUUUGGACAAUGUGUCUGGAUCAUCAAAUGAAUUGAAAUCUGAAAAAGUUGAAGCAGAUUUGCAACCAACAGAGGUUGGAAAUAAGCAAAAUAGUGAAGAUCCAGACUCUCUGAAGACUUCAGUCCCAAAUACCAAUGCAGUAGAAAAUGGUGAUUCUGUGAAUAAGAAUCUUGGGAUGGCGGAGGCUGCUGAAAGCAAUUGGAAGCCUUCAAGUGGUGCAACGCCUGGGGUUCAAAAUGAUAGUAAUGAGCAUUCUGUCCAAGGCAAUGAAUUUCAAGAUGGACAUCUGCCAAAGAUAGAGACGAAACUCCCUUUGUCAGAAACUGAUAAAUUGCAUAAUGAUGACAAUCCUGAACCAUCUGUCUCUCAAAGCAAUGGCGGUUUUGCUAAGCUGUCUCACUCAGCCGCUUUCACUGAUCAGAGUAAGCAUCAGCAACCAAUAAUUAAUUAUGGCCCUCCUUCUGUCCAGCAGAGAUCUUCUGCAAUGUUAGCAUCGCAAUUGCCACAUCCAACAGUUCCAAAUCAGCCACUCUCUUCAGUGCACUCUUCAACCCUUAUUAGGAAUCAUGGAACUGCCCCUGCUCUUCAUUCAGGACAGCUCUUAACCGAGAAUUUUCCACCAACCAUGCUUAAGCAACCACAAGAUUCUGGCAUUCAGUUUAAUAAUCCAGGGCGAAGCUUGCAACCUCAGUCUCUUGGACCCCCACCACCAUUUAACCAAGUACAUGGGCCUCCUUUCCAUGCUGGAGCAUCUAAUUUGUCUCGUCUUGGAGGGCCUCAACUUGGUGCCCCACUUCCUGGAGAUAUGCAUGGUCGAAUGACUGCCAACUUACCACCACAUGCUCCUGAAGGUUUUGGUUUGCAGGAUGAAAGGUUCAAACCUUUGCAUGCUCUAAAUCAACAAAAUAUUGAGAGAAGAGAGUUUGAUGAUGAUCUUAAGAAAUUCUCUAGGCUGCCUUUGAAUUCCGAGCCAGUUUCUAAAUUUGGAAAUUAUUCAUUAGGCACUCAUGAAGCUGGAAAGAGACCAGUUGGUAUUCAUGAUGAUGUCAUUAAGAAAUCAGGUUCUGCUCUUCAUCCUGGUUAUUUUGGACCAGGUCCUGGAUAUGCGAGACAUCAUAUGGAUGGUAUAGCUCCAAGAAGUCCUGUUAGUGAAUAUGCUGAGAUGUCCUCCCGGAGAUUGGGGCUGCACUCUGGCAGUCUUGUUGGUAAGUCAGGUAUAGAUGAUUUUGAUGACAGAGUUGCACGUCGUUUUGGUGAAUUCCGUGAUAGUCGGUUUCCUCAUUUGCCCAGCCAUUUGCGUAGAGAUGAUUUUGAUGGUUUUGGUAACUUUCGAAUGGGUGAAUAUCCAAGGAGUGGUGAUUUUGUUGGUCAAGAUGAAUUUGCUGGCCAUUUUCGGAGGGGUGAACAUUUGGGUCCACAUAACUUCCCCAGACAUUUGCAGCAUGGGGAGCCUAUUGGUUUUGGUGCCCACCCUGGUCAUAUGAGAGCAGUUGAACUUGAUGGUUUUCGUAGUUUUGAAUCUUUCAGCAAAGGUGGCCGACCAGGUCAUCCGCAACUUGGUGAGCCUGGGUUCAGAAGCAGCUUUUCACUUACUGGAUUUCCUAAUGAUGCUGGAUUUUUAACAGGAGAUAUCAGGUCGUUUGAUAAUUUGAGGAGAAAGAAGGCUUCUAGCAUGGGUUGGUGCCGGAUAUGUAAAGUUGACUGUGAAACAGUAGAAGGUUUGGACUUGCAUUCACAAACAAAGGAGCACCAGAAGAUGGCCAUGGAUAUAGUUAAAACAAUCAAACAAAAUGCAAAGAAACAGAAAUUAAUACCCAGUGAAGAACCCUCAAUGGAUGAGGGAAACAAGACACACAAUACUGGUAUUGAGGGUCGUGGAAAUAAGCAUUGAGUAAUUGUGGUUUGCUGUAAUCUGAUAUGCUCUCAUACAGUUGUCAUCAAAAGAUGUUACUAUGGUUGCUGCCUUCAUAUUAAUGGAGAUGUUUUUUCGGAACUGGAGUACUGUGGCAGAACGCUCAUUGAAGCGGUGAGAUAGACUUCUUGAUUGGUGAUUCUGGGCUUCAAUCUCUACCCUGUCAUUGUGUUUUUCUCAGAAAUAGCAAACUCACAAUUAAUCAGGUUAUGGAUUCAGAAGCAGACAUAAGCCCAAGAGAAGGUGGUACACAUUUCUUUAGUCCAAAGACGUGGUGGUACUAGCUCCAGUUGGCCAUUUAAAGCUCCAUUCCGUCAGUGUUUAUCUAUGAAUGCCUUAUAAUCUUUUACUCAUUGUUUUAGGAAAUGAAUUCAAGUCGUGACUGUUUCAUUUUCACGGUUGCGUGGGAAACUUCAAGCAAUCAACUCUUUAAAAUAGCUUUACAUUACUGUUCAUUGUGGAUUUGCUAUCAGGAUUUAUAUUUAAUAACCUGAAUAAAAAAAAUUGUAUACAACUUGAUAAAAUCAAGCUUCCACGCAAGAGCGAUUGAAAUUGGA